AUGUCUGAUUCGGAUCCUGAAACCAUCCCGCCCGAUUCGUGUUCUGAAGACGAGGACUCGGAUAGGAAUUUAUACCGAAAUUUCGUGUUGCAGACAGAGCUCCGAGAGGCCAUUGAAAGAAUCCAGGCCUCGGAGGUGCAGGGACAGGAUUCAGAUCACUUCGAGGAUCCAGAUCCAGACGAUGAGCUACGAAUAAGAGCUGGACUCUCCUACUUCAGCGAACAUGGAGCUGGGCUUCCACCCAAGAAUGUGCAUGCCGUGCGACGGCACUUGUUUUGGGAAAGGCACAAGAUUCGCAAUCCUGCUGAGAAGGGAGAUCUUUGGAAACACGAUGACGACACCUCGCUAUUGGACGUGGUGAGAGCUCAAAUUAUGGAAGAGCUUUUUCGGAAGGUGUACCACAGCAAGGUGCAGAGUGUGCCACCAUUGGACCGUCCUCAGUUCUUCAUGGAUACGCAAAAAGAGAUCUCUGAGAUGUCUUCAGAGGACUUGUGGAAAAACCUGGGCUAUUCUGCGGACUGGCAUCGCAUUUCGAAAAGGAUGAUGGUCAGAGGAUACCCCCACUCUGCAAAGGAAUGUUACCUCCGUUAUCUUCACAAGCUACACCCUUUAUUGAAGAAGGGUCGCUUUACCAAGGCGGAGGAUGUGGCCUUGUUGCAGCUUUCCUCUCGCUAUGAAGGCUUCGAUUGGGAUCAAAUCUCCCAGCACAUGCCGACGGGUCGCACCGCCUGGAGAUGUUUUGAAAGGUACCAGAAAAGCCUGAACAAUGGAAUUGUCAAAGAAGGCUGGCAACAACAUGAGCUGGAUCACUUGCGUAAAACCGCUUUGGAAUUGGGUUACUUCCCAGACAUGGUGGGCAAAAAAUCCAAUUUGACGGUGGCCAGCCGCCUUGGUCCUGGCAAGAGUUGUAGCCAAUGUGGAGGUCUUUUGCUGCGGUCGCACCAGGCCUUCCAGGUUGAGUGCCUUGCUGUGUGGACGGCCAAAGAAGAUCGAACUCUGGAUUUGGCGAUGCAGAUGUAUGGCAAAGAUUGCAAUGACUGGAAACUGCUUUGUCGGAGCCAUUUUCCGGGAAGAGACUUGGAAGAAGUCCUGAAACGCUGGUUCCUGAAGCAAAGCAAUUUCGAGCAAUGGACGAUUAAUGAAGAUGAAGCGCUUCAGAGGGCCAUCGAACGGUGGGGCACUGGAAACUGGGCCUUGAUGCGGAAGGAUCUUCCAAAACGCUCCUCUGGCACCAUCCUGCAGCGCUUCCGCCAGCUCUGCCCCGAGAAGGGGUUCUUGUAUGACCUACUACUUGCAACACGACGCCGUGUGAUGCCCACGGGCUUCCACAAAACGAUGCCUUGGCGACAACGCUCGGAACUCGCAGCCAGCGAUUUUGCCCUAAGACUCCAAGUGGAGGAGGAGCAGCCGGGCGUGAAACGGUUCUGCACAGGUGACCAGGUUGCUGACCGGCACCUCUCCCGCAUCAACAAAAACCUGUCUUUUCGAUUGCGGCCUGGGAGACUGGCACUCCAGGCGAAGAAGAAGCGGAGACUGCUGGCGCCGGUGACCGACUUGGAAGUGAAAGAUGAGGUGACGUCCCAGGUGAUGUCGCCGGAAGCUAUCCAGUGA